AUGGCUUUGGUGGCACCCGCCUGCACUGUCCCCUACAACGGCACGGCAGGGAGCACUGGGGAUGGGGACAAUGGGGACAGAGGUCCCUGCACCCCUCAGCACAGCCCCCUGGGCACCGAGGUGCUGCUGCCAUGCCCAGGGGGUGCAGCUGAGUGGCGCCGGGGGGGAACCGUCCUGGGCACGUCCCCAGCCCCGGGACUGGCCCUGCCCAACGCCAGCCUGGCCCACGAGGGCCACUACAGCUGCCACCACCCUGUCACCGGUGAGACCUGGGCCACCAUCUGCCUGCGGCUGGGCUACCCACCCUCCCCACCGGCCAUCGAGUGCUGGGCCACCAGCUACCCCCAGGCUGUGAACUGCUCCUGGGGGCUGAGCCCCGAGCCCCUGCUGGACACCGACUUCGUGGCCACCUACAGGCACGGCACAGACACAGGUGAGUGCAGCCUCACGGGCCCACGGAGCUGCUCCUUCGGGGACCUGCAGGUGUUUUCCCUGACUCCCUACGAGCUGAACGUGACAGCCUGGAAUGCCCUGGGAGCUGCCUCCAGAACCCUGCCCUUCCUCCUGGAGAACAUUGUAAAGCCAGACCCCCCCGAGUCCCUGCGGGUCUCCCCCAUCCCUGGGGAGCCCCAGAAGCUGCUGGUGGAGUGGAGCCCUCCAUCAUCCUGGCCAUUCCCGGAGUAUUUCCCACUCCAGUACUGCAUCCGCUAUUCCUGGGAGAAUAACUCUGUCCUUACCACGGUGGGGCCCUACGAGCUGACAUCCCACACCCUGACGGACCUGGAGCCCGGGAGCCUCCACCACAUCCAGGUGGCCGCCAAGGAUCUCGCAGAUUCCGGGGAAUUCAGCGCCUGGAGCCCGGCGGCCUCGGGGACACCCUGGACGACCGCAGACCGGAGUCCCGAAGCGGCACAGGCCUCACACCGGAGCCCCGGCGGGUUCCAGGCCUCACACCGGAGUCCCGGGGCCGGUACAAACACGCCUCCCCCCCCGCCACUGCCCCUGUUGGUACCGCCCGUCGCUGCCUUCCCGCGCUCCGGCUGA